AUGACCUGGAACGCAGUUAUUAUCGGCCCAGCAGACACACCGUUCGAAGACGGGACCUUCCGUCUUAUAAUGCAUUUCGAGGAGGCAUACCCAAACAAGCCGCCGGGCGUCAAGUUUAUUAGCCAGAUGUUCCAUCCCAACGUAUACGGGACCGGCGAGCUGUGUCUGGACAUUCUGCAAAACCGGUGGUCGCCCACGUACGACGUGGCAGCCAUCCUGACCAGUAUUCAGAGUCUACUAAACGACCCGAACACCUCGUCUCCCGCCAAUGUCGAAGCAUCGAACCUGUACAAAGAGAACCGCAAGGAGUACACCAAGCGCGUGCGCGAGACGGUGGAGAAGAGCUGGGAGGACUGA